AUGAGUUCCCAAAACAGCUUUGUCAAUGCUUCCCUGAGCUCCAACACUGUUGGUGCGAGCACCACCUCCACCUCCGCCGUCCGAUCGCGUCCUCGCCGGCUGGUCUCCUUCAUGGACGAUGAAGAUGACGGCUCUAUCAUUAAGAACGGCAACUACUCCUACCAGGGCCCCCAGCCCGGUACGUCCAGUCUCUCUACAACCCUUUCAGCAGAUGCUGGAACUACACGAUCUCGUGGUGCGACCCCCUCGCCGCUCUCGUCCCGUGGAACCUCGCCGCUGCCCAUGAAACACCCCUCCCGUGUCACGGAACCGAUCAAUCGCGGUCGGAACGAAACUUCGUCGCUUGGUUGGAACGGAUCGUCAAGGGCAACGUCGUCGCGAGGGGCUGUGGAUUUUCUAGACUCCUCAUGGUCCUCCCUCCAGAGCCUGGCGUCGUCGGUACUAGGCAGUGACACCGGGCGAAACACACCAAACGCUGCAGUGAAAUCACAUACCCGGAGGAAACCGUCGCGAUCAGACGUAUAUAUUCGAAGUCUUCCACCAGCAACGUGGGGUCCGUCAGCGCCUGGUACACCAGAAAUUGGCACCGGAACCAAAGAGGAGCGACACGCACUGGUUCAGGCGAAGAAGCGGGAGGCACUUCUACUUGCAGACUCCGAUCCGAUCACGAGCCGCAACUUUCGCCAUAAGCGACGCGACUCUGGGGACUAUUUUGACCAACCACUUGAUCCGGAGCAGGACGAGGAUGCCCUCGCAUACAUCCAUCCUGUACAGGCAACAGACAGCAUUACCGGCGUGACGAUCAAAUAUGGAUGUCAACCUGCGAUCUUCCGGAAGGCGAACGGCUUCUGGCCGAACGACAACAUCCAAAGCAGGAAGACGGUGCUAUUGCCAGUCGACGCGUGUACCGUGAAGGGCAGACCAGUACUCUCCGCUGAAGUGGAUCUACUGAUCUCCGAUUCGGAAGAUGCCACUGGUAGCUGCAUUGCGCCGACUGCUGCCUCGACAAAUGGUCCGUCAUCAGAUCAGACCUCUCCUGGGACUAGCGACACCGACAGCAAUCAGAUCUGGAAACAUGAGUCCUGGGUGAACAUAGACGGAUUUCCGACAGCAGUGCAGAUUGGCCGUGUUCCACGACGGGCAUUGGGCUUUUUCCCACGCACCCGCCGAAAAUCCCUAUCUUCCACCGAUGCAGAGCCUCUCUAUAGCUCUUCCCGGGAGCCAACAAGAACCCCGUCACCGGCCGGCUCGCCACAAAUUACUCCGACUAACGGUGUCCUCCGCCGGGCUAGGCCUCGUGCGAGUCAGUCGAAGCCAAGCGGCACACAUUCAGCCCGCCCCCAGCAUCGCCGCCAGCGCAGCAGCCUUCACCUGUCUGGCACUGGUGUGGGCACUCUUGACUGCACGUCCACUGGACCUGGUCCUGCCUUGGAUGGCCUGAGCAAGUUCUUCUCACAGCAUAUGCCGAAUCUGGCGCCCCCUCCCCCACCUCAGAGCCUUCGAAGACCCUCCUUCGGGUCCGAGUCGACGGUGACCUCGAACGCCUCAACGGGCCUGGAAAACAUCGGCGGCGCCCUCGAGGGAUGGAUCCGCAAGGUUGCAACCCGCACCAAGGCCGGCAUCAACGAGCUGCAACAAGGCACCCCGAACCAGCUGGCACCCAGCCGAGGCCGCGGGCUGUGGGGCAUGGGCGAUCUAAUUGAGCUGGGCGACGCCUCAGAAGGCCGGCAGUCUCCCAGCGUUUUGGGAGGCUCUACCCGGCGGGAAUUGGAAGUCACAAACUCCUCUUCCUCGUCCUUCCGGGUUGGAAACACCUCCGCGUCCGCGACGAGCAGGUCUCGCGCGACAGUUUUUGGGUCGGGGUUGGGCUCGACUGCAUACGGCGAGCGAGCGAAGGGUGACUGA